CCCGCGCGCACCCGCACGGAUCUUCAAAGCCAACUGCUUUUCAUAGACCGCCUAUUAGCGCCAGAGAUUACAUCUGGGACCCUGCACUAAAUAAAUAAGGUGAGAAGAGUGGCAGAGCUCAGUCACUCCUGAGUGCUCCACCUUUCAGGACCCUCAGAGAGAGCGCGCGAGCGGCGAGAGCGGGACGCAGAGAGGGACAGUAGGUAAAGAGGCCACCACGCGCACUCAGAGGGACAUUCAGAGAGAGAGAGAGAGAGAGAGAGAGAGAGAGAGAGAGAGACAGAGAGCGGGACAGAGAGCGGGACAGAGAGGCGCGCUCUGCCUCGCGGACUGACUUCUCGAGAGAGAGAGAGAGAGAGAGAGAGAGAGAGAGAGAGAGACUGAUCACAGCAGGAAUUACACGAGUUUGAUUGUCUACUGUGGAUUCUUGUCUCUUCAUCAACAACAGACUCAGCAGUUCUGACUCAGUUCGGUUGUUUUGACGUUCUUAUUUCCCCCCCUUUUUUUUCUUUUUCUAGAGGACAUUUUCUCCCUCCUGUUGCUGUUUGCGCUCCUGGACUGCUCCGUUUUCUGAGGGGUGUGUGUGCUCGCGCUGGGGGCUCUUCAGCUCUUCAGAGGGGACGCGCGCGCCAAAGGAGAGUUUUUCCCCGUUUCUUUUUCUUUUUUUUUUUUGAGUUAUGGAUGUUGACGCAUUCCUUUCGGACACGAGGGGAAGCAGAUCCAGACUAUUAGGCAGCCACAGCAGCAGCAGCAGCAGCAGCGUUCUCGUGCGCGUUCUCGCGGGGCUUAGCCCCCUGCCCUCUCGCCUUCUGCCGGCGCGCGCUCCAGCAUGUUCCUUUCUGUGAGGCUCUUCGCAGACCUCCACGCGCCAGUACCAUGUGCAAAUGGACAGUGACGAAGGGUGCCGCAGCCUGGUUCCGUCCGCCCCGCGUGUGCGCGCUGCUGCUGCUGCUCGCGCUCCUCUGCUCCUCUCUGCCCGUGGCCUGCCAUGGCGCGCGCAGCAGCAGGCCCGCGCGCUCUCCUCCUCCUUCAAGGGUGGCCACCAACUCGUCCUCGUCCGCGGUGGCGGCGGUGGUGGUGGGGCGCCAUGUCCGCAGCUACAGCCACCUCACGGGAGACGUGCGCAAGCGCAAGCUUUUCUCCUACCAGAAGUUUUUUCUCAGGAUUGAUAAAAACGGCACCGUCAACGGCACCAAGAGCAAAGACGAUCCGUUCAGUAUACUCGAAAUCAAGUCUGUGGAUGUUGGCAUUGUGGCUAUCAAAGGGCUUGACAGCAACUACUACCUUGCAAUCAACAAGAAAGGGGCGGUGUAUGGAGCGAGGGAGUUUGGCAUUGACUGCAAGUUGAUAGAGAGGAUAGAGGAGAACAGGUACAACACCUACGCCUCUGCAGAGUGGAGGAACAAGAAGAAACCCAUGUUUGUGGGCCUGAGCGCCAACGGCAAGCCCAUGAGGGCCAAAAAGACACGAAGAAAAAACACUGCCACACACUUUCUUCCCAUUCCCAUUCCAUAACCACAGCCCUGUACACGCCCCGCCCUGGGAACAGCUUACUGCACUGAGGAAAGACUUGGAAUUUUCUACAAUAUAAAAAGACUUUUUUUUUUUUUUUUUUGAAAGGAAGGCACUAUGUAAAGGAACUAUAUGAACUCAUUCUCGAUGAGUCUAGUUGAUGUCAUAUAUUUUUUUUAAGUUAUUGGCACCAGAGAAAAUAUGAGUUGUUUGUCGACGCCAAAUCCUUUCCAGUGGAUGAAAUGUUGGACCAAAAGGACAGAGGAGGAACGGCCGCCCCCCUCCCCGGCUGGACUAAAGAGACAUUUCACAGAGUGUAUAACUUGAGUGUAUUUGUGUGUGUGACCUUUGAAUGCAGUUAUUUAUGCUGUACUAACUCAUGCAAGACUUUUCUAAUGGACGUUUGUGCUCUGUGACUCUGUGGACUGCUAGUAACGCAAACACUUAUCGGAAGCACUUGCUCGAAGGUGCGAGAGUGAGGGGCCAAGACAGAGGAACAGCAUUCUACGAGGAGAACUUAGCCAAGGUAGCACCAUAGCAUAAACGACUCUAACAAAUCCUUAUUUACAUGCAAAGCCACUGUAUUUGAUAGCUCCAUUCUUUACCUGACUGCUUUUGAAUAAAUUAUUUAUUUUAUGUAAUAUUUAAAGGAAAACAAAGGCAAAAAAACAUUGAAUGGACAUUUUUUAUCACUUAUGCUCCUCUUUUUAAAGCUAUUC